CUCCGCUUUGCGGUUGCCCCCCCCCCCCCCCCCCCCCGGGCAAGGGGGGGAGGCCGCGGAAAGAGCCGGCGAGGAGCCCUGCCGCUGCGUCCCCCGCUCCGCCUGGCUGGCAAGAUGGGCUGGAGCCGCAGGGUCGGCGGGACCGGAGCUCCGUUCCUGCUGCUGGGAUUGGUGAUGCUGCUGCUCCUCCUGGCCGGGCAACAGCCGAGCGCCGGCCGGAAACCUCCCAAGAGAAGAUGCGCUUCGGGCUGCACCUGCACCAAGGACACGGCGCUGUGCGAGGGAGUCAAGGAGAUUCCCCGCGAUCUGCCCCCCAACCUCAUCUCCCUGUGUCUCAUUCGGUCCGGCUUCACCGAGGUCUUGGAAGGCAGUUUUCAACAGGUCCCGUCUCUCCAGCUGCUCUUGAUCACUUACAACUCCCUGGAACUGAUUGGGGACGACGCUUUUGUGGGACUGAUACACCUGGAAUAUCUGUUCAUUGAACAAAACAGACUAGAAGCCAUCUCCAAGAAUGCCUUCAGAGGUCUGAAGACUCUUCUUCAUCUGAAUUUAGCCAACAACAACUUGCAGACCUUACCAAGGCACCUCUUCCGAGGCCUGGAUUCGCUGACUUCAGUGGACUUGCGGGGAAAUUCUUUCCAUUGCGACUGUAAGCUGAAAUGGCUGGUGGAGUGGUUGAGCCACACCAGCGCCUUGGUGGAGCCCAUCGAGUGCCACUCGCCGGCUGAGCUGAACCGCACCAGUCUCAGCGAACUGCGCCCUGGAGGGUUCAAUUGCAUCACCACUGAACUUGUUCUCUUUGACACUUUGCCAGAGCAGUCUCUUUCAAUAGAAACGUUCGUCUAUCACGAUGAAGAGAAUUUGGUGGUUGCACAGCCCUUUACUGGACGGUGCAACUUCAUGGAGUGGGACCACGUGAGUGGGAAAUUUCGCAGCUAUGCCACUAUCAAUGGUUCUUCCACUGUGGUCUGCAAACCCUUGGUGAUUGAGGGCGAACUCUUCGUAGUUGUAGCUCAGCUCUUCAGAGGGUCCCACAUCUACAAGCGACAUGAAACUACAGGACAGUUCCUGCACACCCAGGUCAUCGAGAGCUCACGCAUCCGUAAGCCCAAUGACAUCGAGGUCUUCCGAAUGGAGGGAGACUGGUAUUUCAUCAUGGCUGACAGUUCCAAGGCCGGCUCGACCACCUUGUACCGCUGGAACGGACACGGCUUCUAUUCCCACCAGUCCUUGCAUUCUUGGUAUCGUGACACGGAUGCUGAAUUUCUGGAGAUUGCAGGCAAGCCCCACCUCAUCUUGGCCAGCAGCUCUCAGCGCCCGGUCGUCUAUCAGUGGAACAAGCAGCAAUUUGUGCGCCGUACGGACAUUCCUGAUAUGGAUGAUGUCUACGCUGUCAAGCAUUUCAAGGUCAAGGACGACGUGUACAUUUGUUUGACGCGGUUCCUUGGAGAUUCCAAGGUGAUGCACUGGGAUGGGUCCAUGUUUCGAGAUGUCCAGCAUAUGCCUUCUCGUGGCUCCAUGGUCUUCCAACCGCUGAGCAUCGCCGGCUAUCGCUACGCCUUUCUUGGCAAUGACUACUCUUUCAGCAAAGUCUACCGCUACGACCCCAUCACUGGCCUCUUCCAGCACUUCCAGGAGCUCAACACCCAGGCCCCGCGUUCCUUUGCCCACCUCAACGUGGACAAGCAAGACUUCCUGGUUGCCUCCAGCUUCAAGGGCAAGACACAUAUUUACCGUCACCUCAUCAUCGAUCUGAGUGCCUGAGCCCAGCAACAGUGGGGCUGGGGGGCGGCCGGGGGGGCAUUGAUUGAGGGUAGGAGGCAGCUACCGCAGGGAGAAGCAGCCCAGGAGAAGACCCGUUGGCUCCUGGGAAGUGCAGUACCAGAGGCAUCCACUAGGGGGACAGCAUUUGGAAGCAGAUGCUGUUGAGGGUGCAGGUCUCCAAUGGCACAAGGUAACAGCUGGCCAGCAGGUGGGAGUUAGGCGACUUAAGAGCCAUAAUCAAUCACUAGCAAAUGCAACUUGAGUGGCAGCAGAAGUCAGCAGAUUUUUCUUUUCUUUUGACCUGCCAAAUGAUGAUAAACUGAUGCUGCCAUUGCCGGAAGAGCAAUCCUCUCAGCCACUUCUUACUAGGUGGCUCAGUGGCUAAGACACGUGAGCUCGUCGACCGGAAAGGUCGCCGGAUCGAAUCCCUAGUACAGGUCUCCUGCGUGAGCAGAGGGUUGGACUAGAUGACCUCCAAGGUCCCUUCCAACUCUGUUACUGAUACUCAGAAGGCACUUCGUUUUAUAGGGAGGUCAAUCCUAUCCAGAAUUGCUCAGAAUUUCCAUUCUUUUUUUUCUCCCCCCCACUUAUCAUUUCCUAACAAGGAUGAGGUCGAUUCGGUUGGAUUUUCUUCUUCCCUUUUAAUGAAUUCCUGGAAAGUUUUUUUUUUUUUUGGCUUAUUUUGCCUGCUUGCUUGUAUGGCUCUGUUUUCUGUUGAAAACUUUUUUUGAAAAAAAAAAUUGUGCAAUCCUGCAUCAGAUAACUGUAACCUAUGCGUGCCUGUUCAAAAAAAGCAAACACCAACUUAACGGCUAAAUUCACACAAUGCGGACAGGGCCAUUUACAGUGGUGUUGAUAGCUUGGGAUUCAGGUUUUUCGGGGGGGUGGGGAGGAUCUUAAAUCUAUUCUGGAAACCAGGCCACAAUGUUAUUAUAUGGGGGGGAGGGGUUUGGCUCUCCCAAAUCAUGGGCCCAAAACAUUGUGCGAAUACAGCCAAAGAAUCUUGGAUCCCCUUUAAAUGUCUUAUGAUUUAAGCUGUUAUAUUUGAGUCGUGGUGGCGCAGCGGUUAGAGUGCAGUACUGCAGGCUGCUUCUGCCGGCUGCCGGCUGCCUGCAAUUUGGCAGUUCGAAUCUCACCAGGCUCAAGGUUGGACUCAGCAUUCCAUCCUUCCGAGGUGGGUAAAAUAAGGACCCAGAUUCUUGGGGGCAAUAGGCUGACUUUGUAAACCGCUUAGAGAGGACUGUGAAGCACCGGUAUAUAAGUCUAAAUGCUAUUGCUACUUCUCUAGGAAUAAAUCCUGUUGAUUUUAAACUGGGAUUAACAGCCCAGGCCAUACAUACUGGUCUACCCCCUACUCAGUCCUACUGGAAGCCUGCCUCAACCUUUCCUUGAGAUAGGCUGCAUUUUCCGAUGAACAUUUUCCUGCGUUCAGGGGACGUUUUCCCAAAGCAGAUCUACAUCAAGUAACGUUACAGUCAUCUGCUGGUUGCACCCAGUAUGUUUUAAUGGCCGUUUUCUAUUUCCCAGUUUAAGGAUGUAUAAACAUAACACAAUGUUCGCCAUCAAACUAUGUCAGGGAGAGACAUGACCGAAGCACAAGCUUAGCGUUAAGCACACAAGGGGGGUCUCAGGAAAUCUCGAUCAACUGGAGAAGGACUUUAGAGGGGGGGUGGGGGAAAGAGAACAAAGUAAUAUAGGAGGUGCAUGGACUCAUCGACAGAACGGAGAAGAUGGGAGCCAUUCUGGACAGAACUGUUCGCUGAAACAGAGGUGGACUUGCAAGAAAUACAGUCCGGCAUUUAUAGUCCAACCUCGUAAAUAGCCAUCAUCUUAUUCAGAGUCAUCAAAUCUCCUUCUAGGAGUAGAGUUACUCUAUUGUAUACCUUCCUCUCGGUGGACUGGGAGAGACACAGCUCAGGCAGAAAAGACACCACGUGUGGGUUUCUUCAGAAGGACAUGUUUUGAUUUCCUCUAUGGGCUUCCCUUCGCGAUGUGGCAUCCCACAUACAAUACAUUGUAAAUAAAAGUCAAUAUAUUUGUU